AUGGCGAUACGCAGGACUCGACAACAAUAUGCCAGGCAAGCAUGCACAAGCUGCAGAAGAUCAAAAACCAAGUGCUGUCAAGCUUCGAAUAACGAAAAAUUUUGCUCUCCCGGUGACGGCCCAAUAUUUGCAUGCAAUGAUUUUAUCGACCAAGGAAGUUUAAAUCAUUUAUCGCCAUCUUCUUCUGAUAAAAAAACCACCGAAAGCUACCCCAGAGAUUGCACCAGAUGCCAAAAACGCGGUAUUGAAUGCAUAUACACCAAUACAUUUAAUAAAAGGGGUCCGAAAACGAAAAGUUCAAAGAUGUUGGUGGAAAACCUUAUUCAAAGCACCUCAGAGUGA